UCAGGACAGAAGAUGAAGACUUUAACUUUUCUGCUGCUGUCUGCUCUCAUAGCUCUGUGUAUGUGCACAGGUGCUUCUGAUUCAGACACUAAGUCUGUCGGUGCUGGAGACUCCCCCAGUGAUGAAGGUGUGUUUGUGAAGAGAGAUGUGGCCGCCGCUGUGGCACGGCAGAAGAGAGCUGGAGGAGCUGACCUUUCACAGGCCCAGUUAGAGAGUCUGCGUGAAGUGUGUGAGGCGAACCUGCAGUGUGAGCACAUGAUGGACACAGAAGGAAUCAUCGCCGCCUACACUGCUUACUAUGGGCCAAUCCCCUAUUAGACUGACACCUCAUCAACCACUCACUGCCAGCCUGCCACAGAAACACACCUAAAAUGGGCAGGCCAUCAGAAAGCUGAGCAGAAUAUAACCCAGAAACCCAUACUUAUAACGGAUCACAGUAGGACCUGAGUAGAUUUCUUUUUUUCAUGUGGAUGACUGAGAGAAAAGACUGUGUUCAUUUUAAUAUGAAUUAUAUUAUUGAUGUUAAUAUUACCACAGUGUUCAGGUAUUAAGUCAUAUUGAAAAACGAGAGAGAGCGGAAAGUGAU